GAGAAAGCAGUCUUUCGAAAAGUAUCUCACACCUACCUGAGUGAGAAACUCAACAACCAAUAUCGAUUAAACUGAUUCAAAAAUUUAUUAUUUUAUUUUCCCGAACAGAAUUAGUUAAAACGAGAAAUAGACAAACACACAGAGCUCUCGGUUAGAAUACUUGUAACUUUUAUAUUCAAUUUUCCUGGGACUGGCAACUAGAUUGUACAUCCAACAGUCACAACCGAUUUUCGAAAUGAGUAUCGUGGCUCAAGACCAUGUAUUUUUGUCCGCUUUGCAGCCCAAAACCGCCGUCAGCACUUACGCGGUCCCGUCCGAGAUCCAGCUCGGAGGGAAUGGGGCCAUCCUGUCGGAUGAGAUGACCCGGGGAAAACGGGUCCAGCAGCAGGUUGCUAUGCGGCUCGCAGAGAAAUCUUCCACACUUCCGAGACAGAACGGCUCAGCCUCACACUAUACCUCCUCAGAACACGGCGGAUCUUCAACAAUGAAGUACCAGACCUUCAACCCAGGGUUCAGCUCCAAGUCCUCCUUCUACACAGGCUCCAGACCUGUCAUGGCUCCCAAUAUGUCUCACUACUCAGGCGGUUUCUCCUCCCACUCGGCGGUGGACCUGGGAGGCGGUCAGAGGGUCACCAUGGGAGGUGGAGGAAGAGGUGGAGGUGGAAGAGGAGGAGGUGGAGGGUGACAAGUACCUUGAUGACAUGCGCACAGGAGGGG